UACAAGCAAAAAAAAAAAAAAACAGAAGAGAAAAAUAAGUCUGGAGCCAUGGUCUGACAUAAAAUAAAUUUGUCUCUACAGUAAAAACGCCUUCCCCGGAGACGUUUAAUUCAGCAUUAACAAAAUGUCUGCAGAUAUAUUACGAAGAAAUCCACAGGAUGAUUUUGAGCUUAUUCAAAGAGUAGGAAGUGGUACUUACGGAGAUGUUUAUAAGGCAAGAGACUUAAACAAUGGUGAACUUGCAGCCAUUAAAGUCAUAAAGUUAGAACCUGGUGAUGACUUUGCUGUCAUUCAGCAAGAAAUUAUUAUGAUGAAAGAUUGCAAGCAUAGUAACAUUGUUGCUUACUUUGGCAGCUAUCUGAGACGUGAAAAGUUAUGGAUUGCUAUGGAGUAUUGUGGUGGUGGAUCUAUGCAAGAUAUAUACCAUGUUACUGGGCCUCUUCCGGAGCCCACCAUAGCAUUUGUUUGUAAAGAAACACUAAAGGGUCUCAGUUAUUUGCACAGGCGGGGUAAAAUGCAUAGAGACAUAAAGGGUGCAAAUAUUCUAGUAACAGAUGAAGGAGACAUCAAAUUAGCUGAUUUUGGAGUUUCUGCUCAAAUAACUGCUACAAUGUGCAAACGCAAGUCUUUCAUUGGUACUCCAUAUUGGAUGGCUCCAGAAGUGGCAGCUGUAGAAAGAAAGGGUGGAUACAACCAGCAGUGUGAUAUCUGGGCAGUGGGCAUUACUGCCAUUGAAUUUGCAGAAUUACAACCACCUAUGUUUGAUUUACAUCCCAUGAGAGCACUGUUUUUGAUGUCUAAGAGUGGUUUCAAGCCACCUCAGCUUAAAGACAAAAAUAAAUGGACACCUGUAUUUCAAAACUUUAUCAAAGUUGCCUUAACUAAAAAUCCCAAGAAGAGGCCCUCAGCUGAGAAGUUGAUAGAUCAUCCAUUUCUCCAAGGUGACCUUAGCAGAAGACUAACUAAAGAGUUACUUGAAAAAUCUAGAAAUCCUACACAUAGUUUUGACCUUACUGAGGAUGAGGAUGGACUGUUACAAGAUGUUCCUAAAAGAAUACCAUCUAAUAAAACAUCACGCCAACUUGCAGCCACAAACAGUAUUGAACUCAAAGUAAAUAUCAACACAGACCAAGGAGAGGAAGAAAAAUAUAAUACGGCAAAACCAUGGCUAGAUGAUGAUCUGUCUCAAAAGAGCUUGCUUGAGUGUGUUGAGGAGGAACUUUCUCAAAGAGGUCAUCGGAGUAGUUUAUGUUUAGAGGAUGUGAUAACUUCGAUCCAUGAAAAACCUACUUUACAGAUGAGUGCACCACCUGUUCCACCCCCCAAGCCUCCUAGAACACUAGAUAAAUCCAAUGCUGGUAGACAUGCAAGGCAGAGUACAAGUUCUGUUGGGGAAGAUGAGGAAUUUGAGGAUAAUGGGCCUGACAUGGAUUCAUUGAUAGACAGAAUGUUAACUCUGACACCACAAGCUUCACAUCCCUCUUCUUUACCUGGUUUAGAUAUCUCUUCUCGUAAACAAAGAGAAGAUAUGACAGGCGAUUCAGAUAACCCGCCAGCAUUGCCACCUAAACGGUCAUCUCCACACUCUAAUGGCGAUGUUUUACACUCUCAAAAUGGUGAUUCUCCUGAAGGAGGCGGUGAAGAGAGUCAAACACCAGCUGUCCCUCCUAGACGGAGGUUGAAAAAAGAGGAUAAUAUACAAACUAGUCAACAACGUCCAGUUAGUAACGGUCUUCCACCUACUCCCCAGGUUCAUAUGGGGGCAUGUUUUUCCAAAGUAUUUAAUGGUUGUCCAUUGCAUAUAAAUUGUACAGCAAGUUGGGUACACCCAGAUACAAGAGAUCAAUAUAUUUUUAUUGGUGCAAAUGAAGGGCUGUAUACUUUGAAUUUAAAUGAAAUUCAUGAAGCUUCCAUGGAACUUGUCCAUGCCCGAAGAUGUACCUGGUUAUAUGCAAUAAAAGAUAUUUUAAUGUCCCUAUCAGGCAAGACACCAACCCUGUACAGACAUGAUUUAAUGAUGCUCCACACUAGACAGACAAGCCGGUUCUCUCUACCCAUGAAUAAAAUUCCAGAAAAACUUGUUCCAAGGCGCCUCCAACCAACAGUUAAAGUUCCAGAUACAAGAGGCUGCUUACGAUGUUGUGUAGGUCGCAACCCUUACAAUGGCUACCGUUAUCUGUGUGGUGCGUUAAGUAAUGGGGUGAUACUCAUGCAGUGGUAUGAGCCCUUGAACAAGUUUAUGUUGCUCAAGACUUUUGAAACCGAACAGAUGCCACCACAACUGCAAGUUUUUGAGAUGUUCAUUAGUCCUGAGCUCGAAUACCCCAUGGUGUGUUAUGGAGUUAGGAAAGGUGUUGACAGGAACCAUGUAAAGUUUGAUGUCAUCAAUUUAAAUAGUAUGACAAGCUGGUUUACUGAUGUAGACACAGCAAGUGAUUUACUACCUGUGGUUAAUGUCACACAGUUGGAAAAAGAUACUGUACUUAUAUGUUUUGAAAAAUUUGUUAAAGUGGUGAGCCUAACUGGGAAAUUAAAAUCAAGUAGACGACAGCAAGCUGAGCUUCAUUUUGACUGUAUUGUUGACUCAUUAGUGACAUUACAAGACAGUGUGUUAGCUUUCCAUAAACAUGGGAUGCAAGGACGGAGUUUUAAAGCCAAUGAGGUGACUCAGGAAAUCAUAGAUAAAACCAGAAUAUUUAGAUUACUUGGCUCUGACAGAGUGAUCUGCCUUGAGAGCCGCCCCACCAAUGACCCAACUUCCAACUCUAAUCUCUACGUGUUGGCUGGACAUGAAAAUACUUACUAAACAAUACAGAAAAACCAGCCUGAAGAACCAGCUAACUCUAACCUUUACCUGUCAGCUUGACAUGACAACACAUGAAUUGAGCACAAGACAGAUUUAAGAAACUGCUGUAUUGUUCACACUGGAUCAAGUCUGGUGUGAUUCCAUGAUAUUCCAGACCAAUGCUUGGCAACCUGUAUAGAUUGAUCUGUCCACUCUCUGGUCAGUAGAGACAGUAUUAGACAUUUUGAUACAUUUCAUAAAAUUUUAUCCAUUCUCUAAUUGGAAUUCUAGAGCUACGGUGGUUAAACAAUAUGCACCUGACACAAUACUUAUCUGUUGAUCCUAAUCUUCUCAGAGUUCAGCUGCAAUAUACAUUCUAUUUAAGUUAAAAUAGUAUUUCUUAAAUGCGAUAUAGAUCUUAGUAUUGGCAAAUUGAACAGUUUAACUUAUUCUUCCAAUGCCUGUAACAUACAUAGGGAAUUAUAGUGCAGGUUGAUUGUGAUUCUUGUAUAGAUUACUGUUAGCUUUGAUAUGGCGCCACUAGAUGAGUUGUGUAGUCUUAAAUGGCCAUCUUGGUUUACUCUUCAACAACCUCCUGCUGCCUUAGGUAGGUUCAGUUCUCUACUGCUGUAACAUGACUAGUGCAGUGCUGUGUGUUGUAUGUUCAGUUCUCUACUGCUGUAACAUGACUGGUGCAGUGCUGUGUGUUGUAUGUUCAGUUCUCUACUGCUGUAACAUGACUGGUGCAGUGCUGUGUGUUGUAGGUUCAGUUCUCUACUGCUGUAACAUGACUAGUGCAAUGAUAUAGGUUCAGUUGUAGUGAAAUUUACAGUCAGGCAUGUUUCCCACAGCACUGUAAAUUAGACACCCCCCCACCUAAGCACUGUAAAUAAGACGCCCCCUCCCCCAACAGUACUGUAUAUGAGACAUGUCCCCCACAGCACUGUAAAUGAGACAUGUCCCCCACAGCACUGUAAAUGAGACAUGUCCCCCACAGCACUGUAAAUGAGACAUGUCCCCCACAGCACUGUAAAUGAGACAUGUCCCCCACAGCACUGUAAAUGAGACAUGUCCCCCACAGCACUGUAAAUGAGACAUGUCCCCCACAGCACUGUAAAUGAGACAUGUCCCCCACAGCACUGUAAAUGAGACAUGUCCCCCACAGCACUGUAAAUGAGACAUGUCCCCCACAGCACUGUAAAUGAGACAUGUCCCCCACAGCACUGUAAAUGAGACAUGUCCCCCACAGCACUGUAAAUGAGACAUGUCCCCCACAGCACUGUAAAUGAGACAUGUCCCCCACAGCACUGUAAAUGAGACAUGUCCCCCACAGCACUGUAAAUGAGACAUGUCC